GGAGGCGGUGCCGACACUGAGACAUUCGUAACGCGGCGAGUGGCGACACAGGACCGGGGCGAAAAAUUUCCACGAGUAGCCUACAAUACAGAGGAAAAAGACGGCGAUAUAUAAUCUAUGUUAGCACGACACAAAUAUCAGUACUUUAGUGUCAAAUCUGAGAAGCGAGACAUAGCAUAUGUAAAGGUUUGACUGUGGACAGGGCUGGGGACUACUGAUACUCAACGGUUUAAACCAGGUUUGCGGAAGACGAAUCAUUUCAGAACCUCGGACAGUGUGCAAGACAUCAUGGCUCCCGUUGUCGCGGAACAAGCGCAGUUUGCGGAGCUCCCAGUGGCAGUGGGCGUGGUCAGUGUGUUCGGCCUGGUCUUCAGCGUCUCGCUCUUCUCCUGGAUCUGCUGCCAGCGGAAAAACGCCAAGUCCGCCAAGACCCCACCGUACAGGUUUGUGCACAUGCUGAAGGGCGUGGACAUCUACCCAGAGGGCCUGAGCGGCAAGAGGAAGUUUGGGGCGAGUGAAGCCAAGGGCGACGCCCACCACGCCAAGGCCACGCCCAGCCCCACGGGCACCCGACCCGCCCUCCACCUGGACCUGAACGGGAACUUCUCCAAACCCGCCCACCCCGCCCCGAAGGUCCGCAGCUCCCCCGACCUGCACCCCUCCUCCCCCCACCCCGGGCCGGGCACCCCCGAGAGCGCCCUGUCCACCCCGGCCCCCACCCCGGCCGAGAAGCCCCAGGACCGGGAGGGCGGGCUGGGCAGGCUCUUCUUCUCCCUGGAGUACAACCUGGAGAAGAAGGCCUUCGUAGUGCACAUCCAGGAGGCUCAGGGCCUGUGCGCCACUGACGACCAGUCCCUGACCUCCGACCCCUACAUCAAGCUGACCAUCCUGCCGGAGAAGAAGCACAAGGUGAAGACGAGGGUGCUGAGGAAGACUCUGGACCCGGCCUUCCAGGAGACCUUCAGCUUCUACGGCAUCCCCUUCGCCCGCCUGCCCCAGCUGGCACUGCACUUCAUGGUGCUGAGCUUCGACCGCUUCUCCCGCGACGAGGUCAUCGGCGAAACACUCGUCCCGCUGUCCGGCAUCGACCUGUCUGAGGGCCGCGUGCGCAUGCACCGCGACAUCAUCAAACGCAACCAGAAGAGGAGCACGGGCAGGGGGGAGCUCCUGCUAUCUCUGUGCUACCAGUCCACCACCAGCACUCUGACGGUGGUGGUGCUGAAGGCCCGUCACCUGCCCAAAACCGAGUCCAGUGGGCCCUCAGACCCGUACGUGAAGCUGAACCUGUACCAGGGGGCCAAACGCGUGUGCAAGAAGAAGACGCACGUGAAGAAGUGCUCCCCGAACCCGGUGUUUAACGAGCUGUUUGUGUUCGACGUGCCGUGGGAGGAGGGCCUGCGGCAGACCAGCGUGGAGCUGCUCCUGCUGGACUCCCCGUCCCCGGCCGCCAGCCCCGCCCCGGUCCUGGGGCGCCUCCUGCUGGCCGCCUCGGCACCCGGCACCCCCGGGGAGCACUGGCGCGAGAUCUGCGACCACCCCCGGAGACAGAUCGCCAAAUGGCACGCGCUGUCCGAGGACUAGCCCCGCCCCCGGCCCCGCCCCCGUCUCCCUGGCGACCGCAGCCGAGGAAC